AUGGGGCUCCUUGCCGAUGUUGUCGCUCGUGUCUGUGCCCACUGCUCUACCCUGUCUCCCUGGGCGUUUCUGCUCACCGGUUCUGCUACUUUGAUCGUCCUCUCCGUGAUCAUAAACGUCCUACACCAACUUCUCUGGAAAAACCCCAAUGAGCCCCCCGUUGUCUUCCACUGGUUCCCAAUCAUCGGAAGCACCAUCUCCUAUGGAAUUGACCCGUACAAGUUCUUCCUGAACUGCAGGGAAAAGUAUGGCGACAUCUUUACAUUCGUCCUUCUUGGGAAAAAGACUACCGUGUUUCUUGGAACAAAAGGCAACGAUUUCAUCCUGAACGGCAAGCUCAAGGAUGUUUGCGCCGAGGAGGUCUACUCGCCACUCACCACGCCCGUUUUUGGCAGUCAUGUCGUCUACGAUUGUCCAAACUCGAAGCUGAUGGAGCAAAAGAAGUUUGUCAAAUACGGGCUAACCUCGGAAUCAUUACGGUCAUACGUUACUUUAAUCACGGACGAAUUCAACCAAUACAUAAAAACAUCACCUGCAUUUCAGGGCGACAAGGGAGUUCUCGAUGUGUGCAAGAGCAUUGCUGAAAUUACCAUAUAUACCGCCUCCCGCUCAUUGCAAGGAAAAGAAGUGAGAAGCAAGUUCGACUCUAGUUUUGCCCAGCUCUAUCACGAUUUGGAUAUGGGGUUUACCCCGAUCAACUUCAUGCUUCCCUGGGCCCCACUACCCCAUAACCGUAAGCGCGACGCCGCCCAGCAAAAAAUGACGAAAAUCUACACGGACAUCAUCCGUCAGCGACGGGAAGCCGGCGGCAAAAAGGAUUCAGAAGAUAUGGUCUGGAAUUUGAUGUCCUGUGUUUACAAGGAUGGAACUCCGCUCCCAGACAUCGAGAUUGCUCACAUGAUGAUCGCCUUGUUGAUGGCCGGCCAGCACUCAUCCUCCUCCACCUUCUCAUGGAUCAUUCUCCGGCUCGCAUCUUGCCCACACAUUAUUGAGGAGCUGUAUGAGGAGCAGAAACAGGUGCUUGGGGAAGACCUCCCACCUCUGACCUACGAAACGCUUCAGAAACUCAACCUCAACUCUCAUGUUAUCAGAGAGACCCUCCGGAUCCAUGCUCCAAUUCACUCCAUUCUCCGCGCCGUCAAGUCUCCAAUGCCUGUUGACGGAACACGCUAUACAAUCCCCACCACUCACAACCUGCUCGCAGCACCCGGCGUAACAUCACGAUUACCCGAGCACUUCCCCAAUCCGAUGACCUGGGACCCUCAUCGCUGGGAAAAUCCUGCAAUGGCACCGGAGGGAGAUCAAUCCGACGAAAAGCUUGACUACGGCUACGGCUUGGUCAGCAAGGGUGCCAACAGCCCUUACCUACCCUUUGGCUCCGGGCGACAUCGGUGCAUCGGUGAACAAUUCGCAUAUGUACAGCUAGGAACUCUCCUAGUUGCGAUCGUCAGACAGCUAAAACUGAAGAAACUCGACGGUGAGACAGGAGUGCCAGCUACAGAUUACUCGUCACUUUUUUCAAAGCCUCUAGGAAAACCGCUUGUCGCAUGGGAGAGGAGAAAUCCCACCCAAAAAUAA